CCAGGGAGGGAGGGAGGGUGUGCGCGCUGCCGCUGAUGUCCUCUCUCUGGUGCACUCAGCCAACCCCUGCUGUUGUGAUGUGAAGCUGGCUGUAUCCUGCUGUAAAGAAUCCGCUGAGAGGAGCCCCGGUUCUGCAAUCGGUGCCUCCAGAAACUUAAUGAUUCCCCGCAUCGGAGAGGUCCAGCACCCGAAUUACGCAUGGAACGGUUGCGGGGGGAUUGGAGUAGAAAUGCAGCGCCGCACUUCCAGCCCGCAACAAGAAGAACCAUGCCCAGUUUACAUUGCAAGCAAAUCUAUGACAUCCUGUUUUAUCAGUUACGACUUUGAUACCAGUGAGGUUUGCUCGGGUACCGACGAGGAGUGAAGAGGAUACGCACGGCACCCAAACUGAAGGACGCUGCUGUUUUUUUCGCACCAGAAAACCGAAAUCCCCUGCAUUUAAAUUUUUUUGAUGGAGCUGGAGAACAUAGUAGCCAACACUGUACUGCUUAAAGCGAGAGAGGGUGGAGGAGGAAAGCGCAAAGGGAGGAGCAAAAAAUGGAAGGAGAUCCUCCGCUUCCCCCAUAUAAGCCAGUGCACUGAUCUGGGAAACAGCAUUGAGAGGGACUAUGUUAGCAUCUGUGAGAAACAGCCCAUUGGAAGGCUUCUCUUCCGUCUUUACUGUGAGACCAGACCUAAACUGCAACGAUGCAUCCAGCUACUGGACGCAAUGUGGAAAGCCAGUGACACUGGUGUGACACACUGUGACACUCCAGGACCUCACGGAAUCCCACCGUGUUUACUGUGUGGUUGCCAGGCAACACAGGACCAUGUUGGGAAAAAGCCACAGACAGAGAGAGUCGGGCCAGUGCAACCAAUCACGAAAGACACAUUCAGGCAGUACCGAGUGCUGGGCAAGGGGGGGUUCGGAGAGGUGUGUGCCUGCCAGGUCAGAGCAACGGGGAAGAUGUACGCCUGCAAGAAGCUGGAGAAGAAGAGGAUAAAAAAGAGGAAAGGAGAGUCUAUGGCGCUCAACGAAAAACAGAUUCUAGAGAAAGUCAACAGUAGAUUUGUUGUGAGCUUAGCAUAUGCAUACGAGACCAAAGACGCUCUGUGUCUGGUGCUGACCAUCAUGAACGGCGGAGACCUGAAGUUUCACAUCUACAACAUGGGCACGCCGGGAUUCGAGAAGGACAGGGUCCAAUUUUACGCAGCUCAGAUCUGCUGUGGACUGGAGGACCUGCACAGGGAGUGCAUUGUCUACAGGGACCUGAAACCAGAGAAUAUCCUGUUAGAUGACAAUGGACACAUCCGUAUUUCUGACCUGGGGCUGGCCAUCAAAGUGCCUAAAGGAGACCUCAUCCGAGGGAGGGUGGGGACUGUUGGUUAUAUGGCUCCGGAAGUGAUAAACAAUGAAAAGUACAGCAUGAGUCCUGAUUGCUGGGGUCUGGGAUGUCUCGUUUACGAGAUGACUGCUGGACGAUCGCCCUUCCGCGCCCGCAAAGAGCGAGUGAAGCGAGAAGAGGUGGAGAGGAGGGUGCAGGAGGAAGAGGAAGAGUACAGCGACAAGUUUACAGAGGACACUAAGGCCAUCUGUAGAAUGCUGCUGACCAAAGACCCUAAACAGAGGCUGGGGUGCCAGGCAGAUGGAGCAGCGGGUGUCAAGGCCCACUCGUUUUUCAAGAACAUCAACUUCAAGAGGCUGGAGGCUGGAAUAGUGGAGCCGCCCUUUGUGCCUGAUCCUCGGGCAGUGUACUGUAAGGAUGUUUUGGACAUAGAGCAGUUCUCCACGGUCAAGGGAGUAAAUUUGGACCAAACUGACAAUGACUUCUACUCCAAAUUUGCUACAGGCAGCGUUUCCAUCCCAUGGCAGAAUGAGAUGAUAGAAACUGAAUGUUUCAGAGAUUUGAAUGUUUUUGGGCCUCAAGGGACGAGACCCCCAGAUCUGGACUGGAAUCAGCCGCCAGAGCCGCCCAGACGCAGCCUGUUGGACAGAAUCUUCAGGAGGCAUCACCCAGAGGUGUCUAUUUCCCACAGCCGUGUGCAGUCUUCCAGUGUGAACUCUGUGGACUCCAUGUCCAACUCUGCCCCCUAGUGGCAAAGUGACUGUGUGGGAGCCAUACACACACAAAGGGAAGGAGCUCCGAGGGGCUUCCCUGCUGCUGAUUGGUCCACAUCCGGGGCCUGAGCAGCAGCCGGAGACAGCCUGUCUAAUAGCCUAAAUGGUCAGCCCAUGGGGUGGGGGUGGGUGACCGGGCCCUGAGACCCUGGGCAUUUGUAGUGGGAUGGUCAAUGUUGCAGAGACGCUUGGAAAAUAUUCGGACAAACCUAACUCGCCCUCAGGAUUGUUGGACUAUAGAACAGAGCCACUGAUGUUGAUGAAAACAGGUAAAGAUAGAAAACAAGCUAAUAUUCAGGGGAUCCACUGUAUAAUAAAGACCGCCACAGGGAAUAGAAGAUGGGGUCUUAGUGAAUUUUAUUCUAUUUUUUUUCAGAAAUGGAACUUUUCUCUUUCGCUCAUUUUCAGUCUUUUACUUUCUGGCCUGUAUCUUGUACCAGUAUCUCUUUCCAAUCUAUUUACACCCCUCCGAGCAUCACCAUCUGUACAACUCAUACUCUUAACUUACUCUCUCUCUGUAUUUCCACCUCCCAUACCUCAGAUCACUCCGUAAACAUUCAGAACACUUGCACCUCGACAACCUCAACACAUGAUGUACAUUGCCUUGCGUACACUCAGGCCAAAGACGACAGUUUAGUUUUGUGAUACAGUUUUCUUGUUGAUUUUGAAGGUAUUCUAGCCGUCGUUUAGAACCACAGGAGGAUCAGAAUAUGUGAUCUGUUUUAUACACUUUCUCUAAAUAUGAGCCUGCAGACAUAUCAUACUGCUUAAAGCACACAUACAGCACACACUCAUACACACACAUACAGAAUAGUGAGAAUUGUGCUGUGUUUUCAUUGCAUGGACAAGUGUAAGUAUGGACAGCUGUAUCCCUUUCGCUUCUGCAUACCUCAUUCCACUGAUGUUAGCAUUGUAUACACACAGACGUCUCCCUCGGUUUACAGUGUCACUUUAUAUUUGACAUUAUGUGGAGUUUAAAGAAAAGUAAUGAAUAUGCUGUACAGAAACGAGAAUCUCUUCUUUUGUUAUUUUUCUGUUUCUGUUUUUUCUUUCUCCUCAACUUUCUGCACAGUCCCCGUGGAGUGGAGAGGAACACAUGCACUCAGCCUGACUUACAAUUUGCACAACUUAAAAUCAUGUCAUGCUGUUUUUUUGUUGUUGUCUCCAAAUGAAAAUGUUACCUCUGCUCAUUAAGGCACAUUAUUGUAUUGAUAUUCUCACAUGCCGAUUAUUUUCUACAUCCCCAAAAAAAUGCGUAAGUGUUCUUGCUCUCCCUAUGCCUUUCUCCAUGUAAAAGAUAUUGCUGCGUUGCCGUUGUUGUCACAUGUACAGGUUUUUGUAUUCAGCCCCUUUACACUUAACAUGCUCUUCAUAAUGCCUCACGAAUCUAAAGGGUCUUCCUCUUGUUUUGUGUUCAAGCAUAUUCGAAGAAGGCACAACUACAUUUAUCCUAUUAUAUUAGUUUUAUUCAAUGGGCCUGGUUCAUUCAUGUCGGAGCAGGAGAGGAGAGGAAGACACCAGAGGAUCCUGCAAACACCACACAAAGAAGUGGCCUUCUCGCAGCAGCACAGCCAAUGAAAAGGGAAGAGGAGCUCAGACUCAGUUUUGUGCUUGUUUUUAAGAAUGUGCUAUUUUCCCUAUAUGAGGUAUUGGAAGCUGCUCCAUGCAGUAAUUUUAAUCCUUCUUACAAUAUAAUGCGAUCUUAUUGUUUUUUUCUGUGUACUUGAUAUGGAAAAAAAAAUCUGAAUCAGACUGAAGUGCCUCCUUGUUAGCACGAUCUCCCGGACAAUGCCCACACAGACAUCAGCACUUUGUUUAUUCUCUGACUGUCAUACUCUGUUUGUUUCACUGGGGAACGCGUCCACACAAAAUACACACAGACUCAUACAGUUUGUUGGAAGUGAAGGGGAGUGACGGAUGCAGGGAGCGAGCUGAUGAAUGAGGGAGUUUUCCUUCUUAUUGUGAUGUACAGCAAAGUGCUGAGUGCAUGUGAAAGCCAAACCCACUGUGUCCUUCAAGUCCCAAUAAACUCUGUGCUAUAGUUUGAGUACUCCA